AUGGGUUUGCUGAUAUCUGCACCCACUUUGCCCCGACUCAGCGCUGUCUUCAAGCCCCCUCUCAUUCAGUCACUGGACAUCGACAGCGUUGAUAUGCCCUCCGCGAGUGUCAUAUACGAUUUCUUCGCGGACACCGCCUGGACUGACCGCCAGGAGAUCACCCAUAUGCGUCUCACCAUUCACAACUUGGAGGAUUUAGGGGUCUUUUCGAACUUUGUGCACCGCACUGGCGCCACGUUCCGUACCCUAUAUCUGCGGAUAAACCUGAACAUGGACAUCCUGGAGCCUGAGACCCCCUCGGUCGCGUCGGACCCGUUUUCCCUUGCACCUUGCGCUGCGCUGGAGUCGCUUGUGUUGUGCUUCUGUUGCAUCACCGAAUCGGUGCACGACCAGAUUGACGUGGUCCUCUUCAUGCUCCUCACUUACACUGGUCUCUUCUCUGAAUACCGAGGCGAGCUCUCUGCACUUACGCACGUCCGCAUGGACGCGGGAUCAGAUCGUGUGGAGGUAGCCAGAGCAUUCAUCACUCUCGCCCAAGACGGCGAUCAUGGCGAAGACGGAGAGCAGAACGCGCAUGAAGGGCCCGGCAUGCAAGAGGACUCAGAGCUGUGGACGGAUUUUGAGGAUGCGCUGCUUGGGCUGCCAGCCCUCGAGCGUGUGGAGUUUGGGUUCGACGAGAUCUUGUGCGGCGACAGGGAUGCGGGAGCAAUCAAGGUAGCGCUUGAGAGCGCGCUGGAGAAGCGGUUGCCGAGACUACAGCAACAGGGCACUGUACGGGUGCUGAUUUAG